CAUGCCAGCCGGACUUUUCAAUUGACCAAACAGCACGGUCUUCCUUGCUCUGGUAAAACCCCAAAUCCAUAAGCCAAGCCUCAAUGCAAGGCAAGCUAUGAGAGUAUAAAGGCCUUUUCUCGUCAGGAAGUCUCUUGAGCUGCUCGUCUUCCGUGGAUGACAAUUCCUCCUCAGCCUCGGAGGACUUAGAGGGAACUACUGUUAGGGUUCUUCUUCGAAUGUGGCAGAGAUGGUGGGGACACGAAGGAGUUCUUGGAAAAGGGGAAGGGCAUGGGUAGGGAAGAAGAAGAAGAAGAAUCCUGAAGAAGAUGAGAAAUGUAUAGAAUAUAGAGGUAAACAUAGAGGCAAAAAUGGUGGUUAAUGGUUGAUCUUACUGGGGUUUUAUUGGGUUCAUUUUAAUUCUUGUUCUUGAUGAAUUUGGGAAGAGAAAUUGGCCGAUGGAAAAUUUCAGUACGUGAGUGCAAAGAAUCAUCAUUAUCUUCAAUGUUCAUCUCCGAGUUCGGAUGUAAUUUUGCAGUGUGAGAAAGCAGACGCUGUUCUCUAUAUGGCUAAAUAUUAUUGGUUAUCAAGGAAAUUAGUCAAACGACAGUCCUUUGACCAGAAACAUCCCGCCAAAUAAACACCAAUUUCGCAUUCCCCGCCGUCUUCCCAAAAUUAGAUCAAAACGACAGCGUGUUGUUUUUGACUCUCCCGCUUUACCUUUCCCUCCGUCGUGUAGCCUCCAAAAUCGUCUGCAACUCAAAACUCUCCUUUCUCAGGGAUUUUUCUCUUCAAUGGCUGCAAUAGACUCAAUCACAGACUAUAGUAAAACCCAACGUGUAGUUCUCCUGAUAGACCUGAACCCAGUUCUCCACCUCAAAGACCCAAACCCAUAUAUCACCUCUCUCCUUUCCGCUGCUAAAACCCUUCUUUCUUUCCCUCCACUCUCUUCCUCUCUCUUCUCCUUUAAGCCAUUUUUUUCUUCCCUUUCUCCGCUUCUCUGCUCUUCUAAGCUGUCCAUCCCUUCUUUGUCUCUCUGUUUCGACCACCCAAAUUCCACCCUUGAGUCUCUCACCCAGACCCUCACUUCCCUUCUCUCUACCAUCGAUAGAGCUUCGAUUCCGUCCCUCUCACCUCGGGCUUUCCAUCUUGCGGCGUCAAUGCGUCAGCUUGUUCAUGAUUACGCGUGGGAUUCGGUGAUCUGCGAUUCACUUGCGGGUACGCUUUCAAAUUGCGGCUCAUUUGUAAAAUCGAAUUUAGUUGUUUUGUUUUCCCCAAUUAUUUCGUCUUUGAAAGGCUUGUCAGAAUUCUUAAGUGUGGACACGAAUGAUGAGUGCUUGAGAAAUGUGGACGGGCUGAUAAAGAAGUUCCGUGAGUCCUUUGAGAGUGUCAAUGAGGCGUUUGUUAGUAGAGACAUUCAUUUCAGUUGGGUUGGUGUGAAGUAUGAGACCGCGUGUGGUGCAUAUGAUCAAGGUUUUGAAGAACCCGAGUUGGAAUGUGGGUUUUUCGAGAAUGGGAUUGGGGAUUUAGGCUGGGGGUAUUGUUCCAGCGAGUGUAUUGUUUUGGGUUCUGCACUUGUUCCUUUUGGAUUGAUUUAUCCAAGAAUUGGGAUUUCGCCUAGAUUGAUGACUUGCGAUAGUUGCCAGGCUAUCAACGCGCAACUGAGUCUGGAGAUACUAGAUGUGAGUGAAAAACCUUUGGAAUGUAAGUGUUGUGAUGUAGAAUUGGUUAAUUUCAACGGGUUUUCUGAAAUUAGCUCAAAGUUCGUGGGUCCGCAAACUUAUAGAUUUGAACAAGAGAAAAUGGAUUGGGGAAAUCUUAGUCAUGGAAUGACAAAACUACAUGUUAAAGCAGUUAAAAAACAUGUUAAGUGUGUAAAAUUGGAGCGGUUCUUGUCUGAUCCCAUUCUUGUGCGUGAGCUUUCACGGGAUUCUGAGAAAGGUCAAAGUGACAGUUGCAGUGAACUUUUUGAAGACAGGGUUCUUGAAAUUCUAAGGAUGGAGAAAGACAAUUUGGUGCCAAGAAAAUCUGUACCCAUUUGGGAAAUUCUUUUCAGUUUUCUAUAUAGAGAAGGUUAUUGGGCUUUUGUGUCUCUUUCAAAUGGCAAUGGCAAUUCACUUACAGGAAUCCUGAAGCCUUUCACAGUUUCUUUAGCUCUCCUUUCGAUUAUAAGAGAUCACUCUAUAAUAAAUGAAUUUGAGGGUGCAGGUAUAGGUCAAUUUGUUAAUAAGACAGACUCUGAGAUUUGCAAAUCCCAGUUUGAUUUGAGCCAGUCCUUUGGACUCGUUGGUCCCCAUUCUGGCCCUUCACCUUCAGAGAAGUCUGCUGAAGUUGGAGAUGGUAUAAGGAAGAAGAAGAAAAGUUUAAAUAUGCUUCGGGAACUAACCUGGAGUGCCUUCUGUCAGGCAGCAGUGGAACAGUUGCAAAUAGAUUUGGAAGAUAUUUACUUUUCCAGGGGAUGCAGCAAGUCAAAGAAGUUAAAAUUUCUGAAAUGCUGGAUGAAACAGGUUAAGAAAUCUAGCACUUGCAGCUUGACCAUGCAUGAGAAAUCGAAACCGCAUCAGCCUGUCCCUAAAGAAAUGGACAACAGAUUAACCAAGUUGCCUCAGGAAUGUGAACAGCCAAUUCCUUCAUGUUCAUCGGUGGGAGAGGAUUCUUUGACUGGGGCUUCCAGAAUACAGGAUGAAGUUGCUCUUGAUUUUUGUUCAGAUGCUUCGGAAAGUUUCUUUAAUGAUCUUCCAUGUAAAAUCCAGCUAGGAAUUGAAUCUGAAGAAGUAGAAUUAGGGCCCUUGGCAAAUCGACUUGUUAAAUCAUCUAUAUAUUGGUUAUAUCAGAAGCAUGAAAAGGAAACCGUGUCAGAGAGCCAAAUGCAUGUUGUGAGAUCUGAUGAUCCUUCUGGUAGAAUAGUUGCAGAUGAGCUAACAAAACUUACACUUAAAGAUCCUAAGGACUUGGCUGCUAUGUACAGAAAUAGAGAUCUAUCCUCUCAGGUGUCUAAUCCAAGUGCUGCUGAAGUUACCUCAGGACAUAUUUUUAGAGAAUAUGAAUUACAGAUUUUGUUUCGCAUGGAGAUACUCCAAUCAGAUGUUGGAGCAGGUUUUGGGGAGUCUGCAAAACAAAAGUUUGUGAAGCAAAUUUGUUCGCUUUUAGAGACAGUUCAGUGCCAUCUGCAGGGAGGCUUUUUUGGUGAUUGGAGCCUUGAAAAAUAUAUGGAAAAGAUAAUAAAAGACAGGUACUGUCAGAGUCUUGGGGAUGUGGUUCAGAGAAUUUAUGCAAAAAUGGAUAUGUUGAUGUUCGAGGAUGAGGAUGAAUCCCCAAAUCCUUUGCAGAAUAGUGAGGACAUUAAUCAAUUCCCGAAGAAACACAGGGGAGAUGAAAUUGAUGAAAACUGUACAAACAACAAUCCGGUCUGUGCAGAAGAUAAGUCCUUUCAAUUGGUGGGAAAUGAGCAUGAAAGCCCCCAAGGAAUAAAGAGGGAGGAGCAUGCUCGUAAAUUAAUUGAAGCUCAGGAAAGAAGACAAAGAGCUCGUAGAUUUGCAUCUUUCACUAGCUGGGUUCCUGACUUGCAAAAAGUUUGGGCACCAAAGCAGCCAAAGGCAAUGAAAGUGAGGUCAGAUCCUCUUCGGAAGUUAUUUAAGAGAAAGGAACGAAAAAGGGUAAGCUAUGACGCAGUAUGUGAGACCCCAAUCACUGGGAAGAAACGUUCACAAGGGGGAGACAGCAGCGGUGAGGAAGAUCGCCAAGAUAAUGGGACCCCAUUUUGUGGUUCUGUUUCUAAGGCCUUGUUUCAAGAUUACUGACAAUGCAAGUCAGAGCAACAGUUCUUAGUAUGCCCAGAUGAGGUUCUUCUCCGAAAGUAAAAAAAUAUUUUCUUGAUGAGAAGUUGCAACACCCAUGUAACAUCACAAUAAGAGGAUAACUCCCCCCCCCCCCUCUUACAUAUCUAAUAUUUGUCAGCAAUUGUAAGAUUGUCAUAUAACUUAACUUGAAAUUAUUGUAUUUCUGGACAAUAAUACAUUUUACUGAAUAAAAGUAACCUUUCAUUGUUGUUUUUGUUUGGUUUAUGGAUACGUAUCUAACACCAAGAGCAGUGGGUUUUUUUUUCCUUCACCAAUCUCAACAGUCGUAUGCCGCUAAUAAUAUUUGCAAAUCAACCUUAGUGCACUGAAAUUAGGUUUAGUUCCUCAAUACUUGGCCAUAUCAGCCUGAGAGUGAAAAAAGGGCUUUUUACGGUUUUGUGUAUGUAGAGUUAAAUUGAAGUAUUUUUUGUUGGAAAUUACAUUUCUUUAUUUUUGUUUAGUUUUUAAUUUAAAAUUUUGGGUGAGUGCGCUAACUUUUGUUAUGGGUUUGUUAUUUAUUUAUUUAUUAGGAGGAGGGAUAAAAUUGGAAACGUAAAUUUUCACCGAGCUUGGUUCUCUACUAUGAUAAAAUAUUAAAAUUAGGCUCGCAAUUCAUGUGCCCGCCUGAGCUGAAGAGAAGCCAAGCUGGUUCAGAUUUCUAUCACGGCUGUUAGGGUGGGACAAGCCCGAAGAAUCCCCAACUUUCAACAGCAAGAGACCCUAGGGUUUUUCUCUCGUCUUCAUCGGGUCAUUGUUCGGCUGAUUGGAGAUGUCAAAGUCUUGCAAGGGCUUGGCAAUGGAACUAGUCAAGUGUCUAAGCGAAUCCGAUUGUAUUAAGGUUGAGAAGCGAUCGUAUAGGGAAUGCGCAGGAGAGAAGAGCCCCUGUAUACCAAGUGAGUGCGUUGGACUUAGGGAAACUUACUUCAAUUGCAAACGAGGCCAGCUCGACAUGAGGGCUAGGAUCCGCGGUAACAAGGGCUAUUGAAUUUGAAAUCUGCUGAUAUUAGCUAUUUAGAUUUUGGAAGUGAUUACUCUGUUUCUAGGACCUAAUUUUCUAUCUUUUUGAGGAAUUGUGUUAGCGCUUUUUAUUGUAUUCCCCAUUUGUAAGCAGGUCGUCAUCUGCCCCAGUUUGUUUUUUGAAAUAAAAGUUCAAUUUUAUCCCUAACA